UAACUCGUGACUCGGGAGGGCUGGCGAGGACCCGCGGACGGAAGUGUAAGCGCGGGGAUCGGGGAAAGCGUCUUGGAUUCGAGCCGAAGGAGAGCUGCGAGGGUUGUGAGUGAGGGCUGUGCUAAAGGUGUUGAUGUAGAAUAAAAAGGCCAUUCAUAUAACUGGGAUUGGACAGUAAAGGAAAUAUGGACGGCAUGUCGUCAUACCAGAGCAGUGGAGGCCGCAGUCAAGAGCUACAGAAAUAUUCACACAGUAUCGGUACAAAUAUCCAGAAAAUCUCUCAAAAUGUCAAGUCCAUGCAGCAGUUGGUCAACCAGCUUGGCACAGACCAGGACAACCAGCAGCUCCGAGCACAGCUGCAUCAGGUUCAACACUACACAGGAGGCUUGGCCAAAGACACGACAGUAGAAUUACGGCAGUUCCAGUCGCUCUCGGUGCCACAUGGCCAGGAUGCUCGAACGUGGCGCAUGCAAGCUGAGCGUCUAACACGAGAAUUCACACAGGCACUGAAUGAUUUCCAAGCAGCCCAGCGGCAAGCAGCAGCCAAAGAGAAAGAAGCACUGAAGAAGGCACGAGCAGAUUCAGAUGCCCAUUUCUUUGAGGACCCCAGCCAUGGCGCAGCUCUCUUGGACCUCGGAGACACACACAACAAAGGCUCAUCACAACAGAGUCAGGUGCAAAUACAGAUGGAGCAAGAACAGGAACUCAGGGCUCUGCAGGAACGCGAGGGACAGAUUCGUCAGCUGGAGUCGGACAUCAUGGACGUUAACCAGAUCUUCAAGGACCUGGCCACAAUGGUUCAUGAGCAGGGAGAGGUCAUCGACUCCAUCGAGGCCAAUGUGGAAUCAGCGCAGGUCCAUGUCUCGCAAGGGGCGGGACAGCUCCAGCAGGCACGGCAAUACCAGAACAAAUCACGUAGAAAGAAGAUUUGCAUCAUUGCUAUUGUUAUAGUGGUAUUGGCCAUUGUUUUUGGACUCAUUGCCUGGUCUGCAUCUUAAAGGACAAGUCCAGAAGGAAGGUGGUCCUCCUCACGCUAGUUUGCAUCAUGAUUGCCCUCGUCAUCGGUCUCAUAAUCUGGGCCAGCAACUAGAGCAGAAAGUUGAUGCAGAGGAGGCACCCUUGGGGUGACAUGAGGGCCGCAUGGGAAAGAGAUGUUCCUCAUCCUGAAGCAGCGAGCAUUGACUCCCUGAGUUCGGCGAUGAUAUUGCUAAUGGGUUCAUCACUAAUGUAGUUAUUAAAAGAGAAGUGGCCUUGUUGAGAGGAUUAGUCACAAUGUGUUAAGCACCUCCACCACAUCCUCAAUGUUUUAUCUGAUAGAGGGACAUAUUUAACUUCAUCUCUGCUGUGGAUAUAUUAAAAUGUAGCUGCUUUUUGGGCUGGAAAUUUAAAUACAUACUGUUCUGAUAUUUUGUACAUGUUGCCAAAGAAGAAUUACUGCUUUUCCUUUUUUUAAAAAACAUUUUUAGAUGCGUUAACCAAGUCAGGAUUGGGUAAUGGCAUUUCCAUCAUUGUUGUAUCUGGAAAUUAUAGAAAUGUACAAUGUCAUUGCAUUGUAAAGCAGUCAGUAAAUUGUGUAGGGAGGGUAGGGAAGCUGGAGUUAUUUAUGUUGGAAGAACAUUGGUGUUGAUGACUUUAAUUCAUCCAACUGUCAAGAAUGCAGCAGUAAGAUGUGACAGUAUAUUAGAGGAAGAAAUAAUGCAUUAUGCCGAAAGCUGUUAUUUGAUUGGAUGUGAACCAGUUGAGGAAUUACUUGGGAUCUUGUGUUAUUCAGAUGAAAUUGAAUUUCAGAGAUUGGUCACUUGAUUAGUACAGUUGUCAUGUAUUUCAUACCAUAGUCUUUUGUAAUUGUUAUCAUCAUUACAGAAUUGUUUAUUGACUAUUAUGGGAAUAUGUUUGAAAUGGUACUUUUCUAAAUAGUAAAUCAAAUUAUGGGGUACGAAGGGGUCUUCAAAUCCUUUGUCAGGUGAGCUCAUGCUGCAAUUUAUCAUUAUGAUUGUCAUCAUUGUUAUUACCCUUCCAAAUAAGCUUACAUGACAGAUUUUGGUCCUCGAUAUUACCAUCAAGCAGAGUCAGGUUGGGUUAAUUCGUACCAUAAUCAGUCCUGCUGUUGAGAGGAUUAGUCUCAACAUAUAUUUUAGCUUUAGUCACCUGCGCUGAGUUUUGCGUUUGGACUCUUGCCAGCCAAAUGUGAGAUUUUUUCUUUUCUUUUCUUUUCUUUUUUUUUUUCUUUUCUAUGUGGGAUGUAAAUGAUCUGACAAAAAUUAUUUUCUGUUUGUCCUUUGUUCUUGUACAUAUAUAAUCUGAUUGUCAAUUGUGAUAUUUGUUAUUUUCAGUCAAAUUAAUAUAUUUGUAUAUUUUAUAUAGCUGCAUGCACUCUAGCUCCAUGUACAGGAUUUAGAAAUUAAUAUGUUUUGUAUUGUUAUAUAUCAGCUAAAGAGGAAAAUCAAAUUGAUAUAUGUUUAGGGGCAAGUCACACCUGUACACAUCUUUUGAUUCUGAUAAUUAAAAUAGAAGCACACAUGACUUGUGUGAGUCUCAGUUUUUAUCUCCAGGGAAUCCAGAUAAGUACUCAUUGAAAUUUAGGAUUGUGAUCUUUCUUAAGAAAACAAAUAUGCAGUUGGCUUGUGUAUAAGGAAAUACAAUUUUUCCCAUUGUUACUGAGGUAUAUACUUUUUUUUUUCCUUUUCUUUUUCAUGUUUUGUAUGCUUUUUUUUCAUUGUGAUUAUUCUUUUCCAACACACAUUGAGGAAGUACGAGAUGUUUUAUAGAUUGAUGUAAUGUGUGCAUACUGUAUUUUUCUUUAGUUGUUGUCUCUAGAAUUGAUGUGAUAGCAAAUUUUCCAAGAUUUUUAAAGAGCAGAAUUGAGUCAUGCAAAAUUCCCAUUCCAGUGUGUAAUGGACAAUCAUAUUCACAAGUAAAAAUUUUAAUAAUGCCAAAGAAAGGAGCAUAGUUUAUUGAAACUUCAGUUAUUAGAUCAUCCUUUGAAAGAUUAUUUUUUAUUAUGAUCAUUCUUAUUGUUAAUACAUAUUGUUAGUUAUUUACAUGUCACUAAAUGGGUAAAGAUAAUAUGGAUGAACAUGAAUUAUGUUGAAUGUGUGAAGAAGCUUGCUUUGUCAUAGAGGAACUCUUUGUAUAGAAUGUAUAAUAUUUAUUUAUGUAAUAAUAACCUAAUACCUUAGUUUCUCAGGAUUUGUUUAUAUAUUUUCUCCCUUAUAACAUAUCCACUUCUAAGAUGCUUUAGCCUUUGAAAAUACCAAAAGACAUUGUGUAUUGUCACAGUACAGUAAACGUAUUUAGGAAACACUUUUAUGUUAAGAAUGGUAAGAAAACAUAGAUACAUGUAUAGGAAUUUUGCAAUUGCUCAUAAAUGCAACUUGUUCUUGGGUUUCUUUGGUGUCACAGAAUGUGUGUUGACAAUAAAAAAAACUUGUCAUUUGGGACGAGGCUUUCCCCUCUUAAGAUAUCCCAUUGCAAGAGCUAAGCCAUUGAAUUUGGCCACCAGUUGAUGGGAUACCAACACACAUCAAGUCGUUUUGAUGUUGUCAUUUAGUGGAAAAAAAAGAGAAGAGUUUGUUGGUUGUAAUUUUUUAUAUUAUUCAUGUGAAAAACACCCCAGUAUUUUUUUUUUUAUGGAAGUUCCCAAAUAGAGGUAGUAGUUAAUACAAGGCAGUAGAACCUUCAAAAUUGAGCUGUAAAAGUUCCUGCUGUUGACCGAUUGGAUCGUCAUGCUAGUAAAUUGUUUCCCCUCGUGGCUUGGUGGGCGGUUCUGCUGUUUCUGGAUUUUAUAUACAGCAAGAAUGUUUAUCCUUGUACAUUGUGAUACAUUGUUGUUAUUUGAUAUGUGAAAUCCGUCUUACCUGAGGCUUGUGCGUUGAGUUCUGUGCUCUUUUGUAAUGGUAUGUAGUGAAACCAGGAGUUGGGUGUGAAAGUCUCCUAAGGACUCUUUAGUGUCAAAACUCCAAGUAAUUCUGAAAUUGUCAUGUUGAAUGUUUGUCACAGUGUACAGCAAGACAUAUGUCAAUGAUUAGUUUAUUAGUUCAGGUGUUCAUGUACCUUUUUUCUCUCUUUUCAAUAUAGAUAAAUAUAUAAAAUAUAUAUAUAUAUAUAUAUAUAUAUAUAUAUAUAUAUAUAUAUAUAUAUAUAUUACAUUACUUUACAAUGAAGAAAAAAUUCUCAAGAGAAAACUGUAUUUCAGACAUAUACUAGUGAUGAUUACUUUUGCAAAAUCCUUUCUCGUUUCUAGUGCAUAUGUAUUCACCCUACAGUGCUAUCGUAUCUCAGACUCUUUGGAAUACUAUUCACAGGACUUCACAGUCUGUUCAUAUAGCAAGAAGUGCAACACUUGUACAUUUGUGUUUGGGCGUGUUUCUGUGUGUUUGCAUAUAUGAAUGCUUGUGCUCAUUGAUGUGAGUACAAAUUUGUUUGAUAGAACAGUUAACAUUUUUUUUCAAGGCCAUGAAAUGGCAUAUACCUUUUGUGCAUAAUCAUCUGCCUUGUUAAAAACUGAUAACAUAAUUUAUUUGGAAAUGACAAACAUUAAAGUUGAUAUAUAUACUUAACACAUUCUCUUCAUAUACUCAUGUAUUCAUAAGCACAUUCCUCAGAAGUUCUGUUAGUAUAUAUAUACUCUGUUCAGUUUACAUUAAUCUGCUAAAUAAUAAAAAAAAACAAAAACAAAAUACAUAUUGAUAGGCAGACCACGACUCAAAAUGAAAAUGGAAGGCAAUAUGUGCCUGUCUGAGAAGGCUUUGUACUGACUUCCCAUAUCUCAAACCAGGUAAAAACUAAGUUUUGAUGUAUUGUUUUUCUUCCUCUACACACAUUUAAAAAAAUAUAUAAAUACAAGAAAUAUCAUGAAAAAAUUGAUUGAGGUUGCUUUGCAAAAUGCUGUGGUGUAUUUAUUGUCACCAGUAUACAGUGUUAAGUAAGAUAUGGGAUUGUUGAUUAGCAAAAAAUUGAAAGAAACUGAGAAUUAUAUUAAGAGAGCUUAAUAACCUUACAGCUUUUAGAAGCAUGUAAUAAAUUUUCUUUGGGAUUUAUAGUUUUUGCUCAUUAGAAAAAAAUGAAGUUCCCCUGUAUUAAGGAGCAUCAAUAGAUAAAGUAUGCAGUAUAUCAUGCAAAUGAUGUAAGAGUUCUGACCUGUAGUUCAUAUGUACCGAAUGUAGAUAAGAUACUCAGCCUCUGAAUAAAGAGUAACCAUCAAGUCUGCCUCAGAGACUCAUACAGCAUACAACACUUGAGCUGAAAGUGACGUCCUGGGUGAAUAUGUUCAGAAAAUCCUUUUACUCUGAUGUACCACUGAAACAUUUCUCAUACUAUCGUUAUGUGUAAGCUUUGCACUGUACUUGUUAUGUAUUGUUAUCAUAUUCACAUUACCACAUUAUACGGAAAGUGGUGUUAUACUCUGAACUGUAUAGUAGCAUUCCCUUGUGCUCUAUAUACCUGUAAAAUAUAUUGGAUAGAGCAUAUAUGCAUUGUACAUAAAACGGUGUUGUGUUAUAUUUGAUUUUUUUUCUUCUUUCUUUCUUUUGCGAUGCAGUUAAAUAAAACAGUGUAGCUGUGAAUGCUUCUUUACUUAAUGUAAGAAAUUCAGAGUAAAUAAAUUAUAUAUUAUGA